AUGUAUCAUGAGAUGAAGACGUCAAGUGACAGUCUCUAUGAUCAUGUUCGGGAUGACAUUCAAAACUCAGGGCGAUAUCUGCGUUAUGCACCUUCCACCGAUACUCUUGUUGCACACAUUGAUGCUCGACGACAACGACCUCUACGCAAAUACAGUAGUCCCGAUGUCAUGGCGACUGGUGAUGACACGCUUCCAAACAGCCUUUCAAACGACACAUUGGUGGAGCACCUCAACGACAAUGCCAAAGUGCUAUCGUUACGCAACAUUCAGCAGAUCUUUGUACGGUUGACCAACACGUUUGGCUUUCAGCAUGACAGUAUGCAAAACAUGCUCGACCACUUUAGGGUGAUGCUUGACUCUCGUGGAUCGCGUAUGCCGGCAUUAGCAGCGCUCCAUUCUCUUCAUGCUGAGUACAUUGGUGGACCAGACGCCAACUAUCGACAAUGGUGCAUAAAAACAGGACGCACACCACAAACAGCUCACACCGACGACGAUCGUAUUCAACAACUUGCAUUAUGGCUCCUGAUUUGGGGUGAAGCAUCCGUAUUACGCUUUUGUCCUGAACUUCUUUGCUUUAUCUUUCAAUGUGCAUCUGGACGCAUCGCAUCACUAUCGACUGAAGAGGAAACCAAGGUGGCACCUGAAGGCGAUUUCCUGGAUACCAUUGUCACACCCCUUUACACCUUUUUACGUGAUCAAUCUCAGCAACGUGAACGGGAUCAUGCAAAGAUUAUUGGAUACGAUGAUGUCAAUCAAUACUUUUGGCGAUCGUGGAUCGAUUGUGUCGAGAAGCAUCCAACUGAACAGCAAUAUGAGAUCUUGCAGCAAGUCGAAUGGAAGAAGAUCUUUCACAAAACGUACAAAGAAAAGCGAUCAUGGCUUCAUUUGCUUGUCAAUUUCACUCGCAUAUGGAUUAUACAUGUGGUCCCUUUUUGGUUCUACAUAAGUGCAAACGCGGAUGAGUUGUAUGGCGAAGAUGAAAUGCCGAUGCGAUUAUCAGUGGUUGCCUUGGGUGGUAGUUGGGCCGUCUCUUUGGUCAUGCUUGCCAACAUUGUUGAAUACUCUUAUAUCCCAUGGACAUGGCGACGUUCUAUGCGAUUGAUGCGACGCCUUUGGUUGCUUAUUCCACUCUGGUUGAUCACGACUGGCCCUUCCGUUUACUGUGUGAUUUUCGAUCGAUCAAGCCGUUGGUCUAUGUUGGUGUCCAUUAUACAGCUGUUGAUCAGCAUUGGAGUCAGCAUCUAUUUUGCACUUGUUCCAAAGGCAUCCUCCUUGUCACUUGAUGAUGCUACCAUGAUGGGCAAUUUUCCACGACUGAAGCGUGCCGAUCGUUACAUGUCCAUGGCCAUUUGGUGCUGCGUCUUUGGUUGCAAGUUCUUGGAGUCCUAUUUCUUUGUCGCCCUCUCGUUCAAGGACCCAUUGCGUGUGAUGCUGCGUAUUGAUAUCGAUCAAUGCAAUGAUAGUCUACUUGGUGGGAAUAUCGUGUGCCGGAUCAUGCCCUAUGUUUCUCUUGCAUUGAUGCUGCUCAUGGAAUUGGUGUUGUUUUUCUUGGAUACAUACCUCUGGUACAUUAUUUGGAAUACCUUGUUUUCAGUCAUCCGAUCAUUCUAUCUUGGAGUCUCCAUUUGGACACCAUGGCGCAACAUGUACUCUCGUUUGCCAAAGCGGAUCUAUGCCAAGGUGCUUGCAGCUGAUGAGGUUCCCAAUUGGAAGCCAAAGGAGCUAUGCUCACAUAUCUGGAAUGCAUUUGUGAUUUCAAUGUAUCGCGAACAUUUGUUGUCACCCGAUCAUGUUGCCAAGUUACUUUAUCAGCAGAUCCCUGAUCCUGACAACAAGCGCACAAUCCUCAAACCACCAACCUUCUUUGUUUCUCAAGAGGAUGUUGCAUUCAAGACCGAGUAUUUCCCACAAAAGAGUGAAGCUGAGCGACGUAUGCAAUUUUUUGCACAAAGUUUGACUACGCCCAUGCCCGAGCCAUUGCCUGUUCCCAGCAUGCCAACAUUCACCGUUUUAACGCCACAUUAUGGAGAGAAGAUUCUUUUGUCGCUGAGGGAAAUCAUCCGUGAAGAGGACAGCAACACACGUAUCACCUUACUUGAGUAUCUCAAAAAGCUGCAUCCUUUUGAAUGGGAGAACUUUGUCAAGGAUACCAAGGUUUUGGCAGACGAGAUUAUGGUGGAUAAUGAUUUUGACAAGUCAUGCACGAGCCAAGUAGCGGAUGAUCUUCCAUUUUACUGCGUUGGAUUCAAAUCAUCAGCACCAGAGUACACGUUACGCACACGAAUUUGGGCAUCAUUACGAUCACAGACAUUGUAUCGCACAGUGACGGGUUUCAUGAAUUAUCAUAAGGCGAUCAAGCUCUUGUACCGCACCGAAUCCCCUGAACGUUGUCAAAAGGAAAGUGAGCUUGACGAGAUGGCGAAUCGUAAAUUUCGAUUUCUAUUGGCAAUGCAACGCUAUCAAUCAUUUUCCAAGGAGGAGAAAGAAAGUGCCGAAUUCCUGCUCAACGCCUAUCCAGACUUGCAGAUUGCAUACCUUGAAAAGACGCCUGAGGGUGAAUACUACUCUGUGUUGAUUGAUGGUCAUUGUCCCAUUCAAGGAGAAGCACGUGAGCGCGUUCCAAAGUAUCGUAUUCGGUUGCCAGGCAACCCUAUUCUCGGUGAUGGCAAGGCCGACAACCAGAACAAUGCACUUAUUUUCUAUCGUGGCGAAUACCUGCAGCUGAUUGAUGCCAACCAAGACAACUACCUUGAGGAAUGCCUAAAGAUUCGCAACGUGCUUGGUGAAUUUGAGGAUGAUGUAUACGACCCCAGCGUCUCACCUUAUGCUGAAAGACCUGAGUCAAGUCCAGGACCCGUAGCUAUUGUUGGUGCGAGAGAGUACAUCUUUUCGGAGAACAUUGGUGUCCUUGGAGACAUUGCAGCUGGAAAGGAACAAACAUUUGGCACACUUAGUCAGCGUAUCAUGGCAACCAUUGGUGGCAAGCUCCAUUAUGGCCAUCCUGAUUUCUUGAAUGCUGUGUUCAUGACUACGCGUGGUGGUGUCAGCAAAGCACAAAAGGGAUUGCAUCUCAACGAAGACAUUUAUGCUGGUAUGAACGCUUUUCAACGAGGUGGAAGGAUCAAGCAUAUCGAAUACUUUCAAUGCGGCAAAGGACGUGAUCUCGGCUUUGGUUCAAUUGUCAAUUUUGUCACAAAGAUUGGCACUGGCAUGGGAGAACAAAUGUUGUCACGUGAAUACUACUAUCUCGGCACUCAGCUACCUCUUGAUCGAUUCCUCACUUUCUAUUAUGCACACCCUGGCUUUCACAUCAACAACAUUUUCAUCAUGCUAUCGGUCCAGAUAUUUACGUUGGUGCUUCUCAUGUUCUCUGCUAUGGCCAUUCCCUUGACAAUGUGCGAGUUUCAUCCAGAUGCCCCUGAUGAUGCACCAUUGAUACCCGAAGGCUGUCAUAACUUGAUACCUGUUAUUGAAUGGCUCAAGCGUGUUGUAUUAUCUAUCUUUGUGGUUUUCUUUGUUUCCUUCUUGCCCCUGUUCUUGCAAGAAACAGCCGAACGAGGUUUCCUACGUGCGUUGACUCGUUUUGCCAAGCAUAUGCUUUCAUUGUCACCCCUUUUCGAGAUCUUUGUCACACAAUCUUAUGCACAUGCAAUCCUCAACAACUUGUCAUUUGGUGGUGCACGCUAUAUCGCUACGGGUCGUGGAUUUGCUACAUCACGAGUGCCAUUCUCCCUUUUGUAUGCUCGAUUUGCUGAUACAAGUACAUACCUUGGAGCACGUUGCUUUCUGAUCCUUCUCUUUGGCUCUAUGGUGAUAUGGAUCCCUCAUUUGAUUUAUUUCUGGAUCACAGUGGUAGCCUUGAUACUCGCACCAUUUGUGUUCAAUCCCCAUCAGUUUGCUCUCACCGAUUUCCUUGUCGACUACCGGGAAUUCCUUCGAUGGCUAUCACGUGGCAAUGGCAAGUCGCAUCAAAGAUCAUGGAUUGAUUACUGCCGCUUGACUCGAACAAGGAUUACGGGUAUCAAGAAGGACAAGAGUCAAUUGACUGGAUUAAGCAAACGACCACGGGCACAGCUCUCUGUCAUUUUCUUUUCCGAGAUUGUGAUGCCAAUUAUGCUUGCAGCUGUUUGCUUAUUUGCCUACUUGUACGUGCGAAGCUUUGAUCCACAUGAUUCCACUCAACCAAACCAGGGACCAAGUGCAUUGCUACGUAUUGGUGUGAUUGCUUUUGGACCUAUUGCUCUCAAUGCUGCCAUAACAGCCGGGCUCUUUUGCUUGUCGCUUGUUAGCGGAUGGAUGGCAUCCUUUUGUUGUGGUGUCAAGUUUGCAGCAACGGUGGCAGCAAUCGCUCAUGGAUCAGCGGUGGUUAUUUUUAUCGUCUUUUUUGAGCUGCUGUACAUGUUGGAAGAAUGGCACUUUGUACGGACAUUACUUGGCAUGGUGACCGUUGGCGCAAUACAAAGAGCCCUUUUCCAUAUCAUGACGAUCUUUUUAUUGACACGCGAGUUUGAGGAAGGUCAAAGCAAUGAAGGAUGGUGGACUGGCAGGUGGUACGGUCGAGGGCUUGGAUGGCAUGCCUUAUCACAACCAUUGCGUGAAUAUGUAUGCAAGAUCGUUGAGAUGACGUUGUUUGCUACUGAUUUUCUGCUUGGACACUUUAUCCUGAUGUUCCUGUUUAUUGUGUGCCUGAUACCUGGAAUUGAUCGUUGGCAUUCUCUCAUGCUUUUUUGGCUCAUGCCCAGUCGCCAAAUACGUGAACCCAUCUACCCACUUUCUCAACAACGGAUACGUCGACGCACUGCUGGAUUGUACGGUAUAUUGCUUACUGCCAUGUCAUUACUCUUGCUUGGCCUUUUAAUAGUACCUGCUGUACUUGGUCCCCGCAUCGAUUUAACAAGCAACUUGUCUUUCCCCAUUUGA